AAAACAGUUAAAACACAUCCUUGUAUUCUCGUUUCAUCUGCGAUCAUGGCAGGUUGGCAACCUUAGAUGAAGCCAUUUCUUCUUCACCAGAAAGUCAAACCCUGUCCAGAUAACAGUCAACACCACCACACUCGAUCAUGGCUUCCAAAUCUCUCAGCUCUCCCUGUUUCUGCACCCUCAAUGUUUUACUGCUCUUCCUGGUUACAGGGCACCAAGCUUUGAGUUCUGGGCGAUACCCUGUGGUGGUGAGCACUUGGCCUUUCGUAGAGGCUGUCAGAGCUGCUUGGAGGGCUGUGGAUAAUGGGCUCUCUGCAGUUGAUGCAGUUGUUGAGGGCUGUUCGGCUUGUGAGGAACUCAGAUGCGAUGGGACAGUUGGGCCUGGUGGGAGUCCGGAUGAGAAUGGAGAGACAACAAUUGAUGCUCUGGUGAUGGAUGGGGUGACUAUGGAGGUUGGAGCUGUUGCUGCCAUGAGGUAUGUCAAAGAUGGAAUCAAAGCUGCUAGAUUAGUUAUGCAACAUACAGAACACACUAUGCUUGUCGGAGAGCAAGCCUCAGUGUUUGCCAUUUCAAUGGGUCUUUCAGGACCAACAAACCUUAGUUCAUCAGAGUCUAUGGAGAAGUGGACUAAUUGGAAAGAAAAUCACUGCCAACCGAACUUUUGGAAAGACGUUGUACCUGUAGGUGGAUGUGGGCCUUAUCAUGCAAAGGAAUUUGUAGGCCUUUGUGAUGGGACAUGUUCAGAUACCACCCCAGUAGGAAACAUAAGAUCAAGUUCUCAUAUUGGUCUUCAUAACCAUGACACCAUAUCAAUGGCAGUUAUUGAUAAAAUGGGUCACAUUGCUGUUGGUACCUCCACUAAUGGAGCCACAUUUAAGAUCCCAGGGAGGGUGGGUGAUGGACCUAUUGCAGGAUCUUCUUCAUAUGCCGAUGAUGAUGUGGGUGCUUGUGGUGCAACUGGAGACGGUGACAUCAUGAUGCGUUUCCUUCCAUGUUAUCAAGUUGUAGAGAGUAUGAGGUUGGGGAUGGAGCCUCAGCUUGCAGCCAAGGAUGCAAUAUCACGCAUUGCGCGCAAAUUCCCUGCUUUUGUGGGUGCUGUGUUUGCAAUAAAUAAGAACGGCGUGCAUGCUGGUGCUUGCCAUGGGUGGACAUUUCAGUACUCGGUCAGAAACUCAGACAUGGAUGAUGUGAAGGUUUACACGGUAGUGCCCUGACUAGAUAAGGGGUGUCCAUAAGUUUAUGCAUAUCCAACCUUAUUCAGCUAUUCACAUAUCAAUGUACAUGCCGGUGCCUGCCAAGAGGGAGUGCAUUAAGUCUGCAACGAUCCCGAAGAUCAACCUUUCAGCUAUUCCAUACCUAGCCAAAAGGCAUUACAUCUCUGAAGAAUGAGUUCAAAAAGUUGUAAUUUUAAUGAUGAUGAGCUUAUGCUGAUCUAUUUAUCAUUCUAGGCUGGGAUCUUGACUAGAGUUAUGUCUUAUAGUUAAUUUCAUCUUGUUCUCUUAGACAUUUUAUGCUUGGGUGUUAACCUGAUAGUGAAAUAAAUUGAGGAUGACAAGAAUCAUCUUUGAUCUUUGAAAAAGGUCAUCUUUUCUAUGCAA